CUGUGGUUAAAGUAGACACCGCAGCAGGGGGAGGUUUAGUGUAUCCUGGCACUAAGGUUAGUCAUUAACCUUGUCUUCUCGGUCACUCGGGCAGCACGGAAGGAGGAGGACAGCCACUCUGACUGUCUGAGGCAUGCUGCCGCCCAGCCGCCACAUCUUACCAUGGGCGACUGUAACACCAGCACAGACGAGCGGGCUCCAUCCGUAGAGGACGACAUUACGGUGGUGUUCCACAAAGUUGUCAACCAUGGACGAAACAACGGGCACGACCACGACGACAACGAGUGCGGCGACGCAGAGCGGGUUCUCCUGCGGGGCAACUGCCGCGGUGACGACGUCGAGGAGGGUGAUGAUGCUGAGGGGAAGGAGGAAGCGAGUGGAAGCGAAGAUUUAUUGGAAGGUGGCAAGAAGAAAACGCUGCUGUGCCCGCCGGCGUUUUGCGUCAGGAGAGCGAACACAUCUCGGGGAGGAAGCGCAGGGCAAGAUGCAGAGAAACCAAAGAGAUGUCCAGGUCUUGGUCUGUUUUAUGCCUUUGUGUCCACUGUUUUCUUCUCUAUCAUUGCCCUUGUGGUGAAAACCAUCCAGGGACUCCACGCCAUAGAAAUAAGUGCCAUACGCUGCUUCUUCCAGAUGCUCUUUGUCGUGCCGCUACUUAUCUACCACAAGACAGGUUUCCUUGGUCCAAGAGAUAAACGUAUAUAUCUGGUGCUUCGGGGUUUCAUUGGUUCCAAUGCCAUGAUCCUGCUCUACUAUGCUGUUCAACAGAUGCCUCUGGCAGAUGCCACUGUCAUCAUGUUCAGUAAUCCAGUCUUUACGUCGCUCCUGGCUUGGAUAUUCCUGAAGGAGAAGUGCACAAUCUGGGACUGUGUCUUCACCGUUUUCACAAUCACCGGAGUCAUCCUCAUCGCUCGGCCGCCGUUCCUCUUUGGCGACCAUCUGCGUGGCAUUGAGGGCAACUACUGGAACCACAUCAAGGGGACUAUUGCUGCAUUUGCAGGAGCCGUCGCUGCUGCUUUUACAUUUGUCGUCCUUCGCAAAAUGGGGAAAAGUGUCCACUACUACCUCUCUGUUUGGUACUAUGCUGUGAUCGGCUUCAUCGAGUGCCUCAUCGCCGUAUCCGUCCUUGGGGAAUGGAAAAUUCCCUCAUGUGGCCGUGAUCGCUGGAUGCUGAUGUUGAUCGCCGUGCUGGGCAUCGCCGGUCAGACCUUCCUGACAAAGGCCCUGCAGAUCGAGAAGGCUGGAGCUGUGUCCCUGAUGAGGACUGUGGAUGUGGUGCUGGCUUUCUUCUUCCAGUUUAUUUUCUUUAACCGCGCGCCCACAUGGUGGAGCCUCGGAGGGGCGCUGUGCGUGGUGGCGAGCACGAGUGGCAUCGCUGUUCGGAAGUGGUACAUCAGCUCUCGCAAGAGCUGAACUGGAGCAGCAGCGGCAGAGAAUCACUUAGUACAACUAUUUAUUCUUUAUUUCAUUAUCAUACAGUAUGUUCCUGAUUUAUACAGUGUUUUACAUGUUAUUUUCACGCAAAUCCGAGGAGGAACCGGUUAUAUUUUUUAGACUCCAAACCAAAUACUUACCAAAUAUAAUCUAGGUCAUUUUGAGUCUAUGAUACUUUAAGAAUAUGUUUGGCACAUUAUCUCUCUGUUAGAUAGCCUUAUCUUUGUUGUUAUGUAGCUUUCCAGCAACAAAAACAACUAACCCUAAAACAUCAACAGUGGCCUUGCAGCUUUAGUUUCGUGUCCCUGUAAGGUGAAAAUACUGAUUUUCUUUCUGGACUUUGGUGCAGACAAGUGAGUUGUAUAGAACUGUGUAGUGCACAGAUAAAAUAGUGAAAACCUUCUAAAAUAUCAUAGAAUUAAAAUGGCAUAGAUUAUUAUUAGGUGAGUUUUUAAUUAACUGGCUAAAAAGCUGUUUCUCGGUGCUGGAGGAUGCACACGUUCCUGUCGGCAGUGACUUUGUAACUCAUACAACCACAGUUACAAAAUAACUGAGCUGUGGCUUUAAAAGCAGAAAAAGUAGACAAAUAAUCCAGUAGGCAGUGAUGACAUGUUACAUGUUGAUUCCUUUGAUGAGUCAACUUGCAGUUUAAUGUCGUGCAUUUAUCUUUGGGUGAAUGAGCACAGUGUGUGUGUGUGUGUGAGAGGAAACAAGAGGACAGAGGAACUGUAGAAGCUCUUUUUCAGCCUCAAACCGUGUCCUGCUCCCUGAAUCAUGUGCAGUUAACGACCUGCAUACUCGUGAGAAAAUCCAGAUAUUCUCUUUCACAAAUAAUGUGGGCAACACAUCGAGUUAAAAGUAGAAUUUUGAAGGAAAAAUAAAAAGAGGUUUGUUCACUGCACUGGGACCAUUUAUGCUGUCCAACACAAUAUCAAUCAUCCAUAAUAAGAUACAAAGCUUAAGCACCAAAGACUGUAUGUUUGUUUUUUUUGUUUUUCUUUUUAAAUGGACACAAAGCAGAGCCUGUUGUGGAAGUGCUUAAAACCUGUAUUUACAUGGUUGUCCAUCGGGAGCGACAUUGUCUGUGGGGAUCUGGGACAUCCGUCUACACUAAAAUGCAAGCUUCUCUUAAACUCCUCCUUUUUUGGGGGGCUGUAAAAUGACGGUAGUGUGGACGACAGGUGUAUCAGGAGUAAACUUUAUGGGUUUUUCAAUUUAAAAAAAAGAGCACUGCUGAUGAGACCUGAGCCUCCAAAAUGACAGUUCACAAACCAUUGAGCGACGUCACGGAGGGAAGCCACUUGACAAGCACUGCAAUAGAAUACUCUCAGGGAUUUCUAACCUGUUUAUAAUUCCCCUAAAUAUUUAACCUUAACAGUGAAUAGCCAUAAGUAUACUGAUUUUGUGAAACGACUUUUUUGAAGUGCCUUAAUUUGGGACCUUUAAACUCCAGCUUGUCUGCAGCAGCGGCCUGCACUGGCCAGUUCAAUGGUGUCAUUGUGCAUAUUAUGAAUAUUUAUUAGACUUCUGAAAAGAAACAUUCAAAUUUUAUGUGAGGUUUUUUAAAAUGACACAUUCAAAUGAAAGAUUUUCUCUUGCACUUUCUUUGACAGUGGUAUAUGUUUGUUUCCUAAGGAUUUCAAAUGUAGAUUUGUGAGGGGGAACAUAGUGUUCCUAUUUCCCAAAGUGUUUGCCACAGCCCACUAGUGGCCCUUGGCGGUAUUGCAAGUGGGCCUCAGACAGGGAUUCUACAAAUGACUGAAUUCUAAAUAAUAAAAAAAGAUAUGGCAGGAUUUAACAUAAUUACUUUGCUCACUUUUUAAAAUUAGGAUUAUUUAUAAUCCUUCAUUUGAAACAGACACAAUUUUAUUUCAAUUUCCAUGUUUUCUGCUGUUGUUAACUACUACAUUAUUGCUAAAUAUAAAAAUGCGAGUGCUGCUCUCAUGGAUCUGGAGAGCUGAUUUACUUCCAUGUCAUUUGCAGUGGUUUGAAAUGAAUCUCAAACAAUAUGCAAGAAGUAGUUAAGUAAGCCCUGCUAUGAUAUUAAACUCAUCACAACUAACAGUUAUUAAUUAUGAAAAUGUGUUAAAUUCUGAUCCCAACUAUGAGUUUUAAUGAGAAUAAUAAAGUGUCAUUAAACGCAUCAUAUCAGGGUCAUUGGAUAACGAACCCUGGGAUGUCAUUUAUUCUUAAGCAGAGUCAAAGUGAGACAUAGAGUAGCGUAAAUCUAGACACUGUGACAUUUACUAAACACUGUCUGCUCUGUUUUGCUCUGGUCACGGCCUAAUUUCACGUUCUUCAUCUUUGAUUUGCUUUGUUUUAGUUGACUUGACUUGAAUACCGGUAGCUUUAAACUGCCACCUAAUGGCUAGAUGAGCUUUAGUCCCUGGACAUACAAUGUGUAUGUAUGAACUCAAUAAAUGCUGGGGGGGGAUUUUUCUAGGAUUUUAUAAAGUAUGAUUAAAUACUAUUUAUUUUACUAUCACUGUAACGUUUUACAUCGACAUAUUCUGUAAGAUGUUUAUAUUUCUGCAUAUAUAAUCUUUAGUUUAUAAUGAUUCAAGAAUAAAUUCUAUUUGAAUUUAGAAA